AUGUCGCACGACUUGGACUACUUCAAGCGCAUGUUCGUGCAGGCAGGCUUCAUACGGUCAUCCAACGCCAGUGGCAUCCUGGGUCUACUCGGGGAAACGCGGCAGCAGAAGUUUCACAAGUUUGUUGAAAUGCUAAUGAGAGAGGCGUCUACGGAAGAUCUCGGCAACAGAAUUCUUCACAGUUAUGUGGUAGUGAAUGACGUCACACUCCACGAGAGGGAAUUCCCCUAUCUCCCUGGCACCGUGCGGACUCAGUUGGGGAAGGUGAUGGUGAGACGAGGACUCCUGUGUGCCAGAAACAUGCCUCUGGUACUGGGAGAUUAUUACACACACAAUUACGAGCCAGUUCUGCAUGAAGGGAUGUACAGUCUGGACCUCAGUGAGUGUCAACUGAGACAAGAGGAGACUAUACAGAAAUCAAAGGCUUCUCUGGCACAGUUGCUGUCUCACUUGCCGUCCCUCUUCUCCCUCAACUUCCAGUCCUGCUCCCUCCUGGAUGACACCACUCUCUCCUCCUCCCCCUACCUGACCUCCCUCACUCUGUCCGGCUGCUCUCUCGUCUCUGACACCAGUCUCCUGGCCAUAGCCUCAAGACUGUCAUACCUCCAGGCACUAGGCCUCUCUUACACACAGGUGUCUUCAGUUGGUCUUACUGCCUUGGCUAAAGGGGUCUGUGCCAAGGUUCUAAAGGAGUUGGACAUGAGUCACUGGGAGAGGGUGAGAGAUGACGGAGUCCUGUGUCUCCUCUCCCACUGUCCCUCUCUCUCCAUCCUCAUCCUCCAUGGCUGUCCUCUCCUCACCUCCCCCUCCAAAGACAUUGCCAGUCGUGGCCACAAAAUCAAGUCACUUGGACUGUAUACUAACAUAGGGUCCUUUUUAGUUCGUGUCUUUGUCUGCAGUUACCAUGCAGUGUGUCUUGCUUUGUGGUGCUAUUGAAGGUUACGUUAACUACUUGUGUGACAUCUGCUGAGAAGUCAGUAGG